CUCCUCCCUGAAGGUCGUCCGUAAAUAGACUAAUUUUAAGGAACAAAAUUUCAAACUAUAAAAACAGGUGUUGCGGACUCAGGAAAACAUUCACAGUCCAUUCCUUGUUCUGACAACAAAUAUCAAUUAUCAGAAAUGGCAUUCAAAUUUGUUUUGCUGGUUGCCUGUUUGGCUGCUGCCAGUGCUGCUCCGCAGUACGGGCAUGCUAGCUCCCAUCAGUCGAUUUCGCAUCACGCUCCAGUUCAUCACGUAGCAGCUGUUCACGCAGCCCCAGUACACCAUGUUACAUCGAUCCACGCCGCUCCGUCUCAUCAUCAGCAUCAUCUUGAUGAUCAUGACGACCAUCACGGUCCAGCUGAAUACGAGUUCGCAUACUCUGUGCACGAUGAGCACACCGGAGACAUCAAGAGCCAGCACGAAACCCGCCACGGAGAUCAGGUCCAUGGACAGUACAGUCUGAUCGAUUCCGAUGGUCACAAGCGCAUCGUGGACUAUCACGCCGAUCAUCAUUCCGGAUUCAACGCUGUGGUACGUCGUGAACCAACCGAUAUCAAAAUCCCACAGCCGGUCCACCACGAGCACAAGAUCCACAAGGUGGUUGCUCAACCCGUGCACCACCACGCUGUUCCGGUUGCCCACGUGUCUCACCACCACGCUGCCCCAGUCGCAGUCCACGUUUCGCAUCAUGAUGCUCCAGUUGCCCACCACGUAACAUCGCACCACCACGUUGCUCCAGUUGUGCAUCACGCCAGCAGCACUCACCAUCAUCAUGAAGCAGCCCCGAUUGUCCACGCUAGCAUCUCCCACGUGGCCCCGGUUUCGCACUACCAGGGAAUCCAUCAUUCCUCAAACCCGGUUAGCCAUCAUCACUACUAAAUAAGGUGGAUUUUUGUUUUUGUUAAAUACCACACUAGCCUCAAGGACCUGACUUUAGUUAGUAAAAGCUUAGUUAAAAUAAAA